AUGCAAACCACUGUGUCCGCGCACCCUGCAGUGGCGGCGUCACAUGUCGCCACUGCACGCCGCACCGCUGCGGUGACCGCCACCGGCGCGCAGCGCCGCGGCGCCCUAGUUGUGCCUUCGGUUGCGAGCGUGGCCACCCCCACUCCCGAGGUGGCAGACCAGGCGGCAG